AUCCUGGGAGGGGCGACGAGUAACAGAACCCUAUAAAUAACAGUGGGCGACGUCGCUUCCGCAGAUAGACGUGAACUGCCGCCGCGAGAGGAUCCUGGGUUGCAAGAGGCGAGCGAUAACUUAUUUUAGGUUUCUCUUUGGGGUGCUCAACCGGCGAGAUAAAAAAUGCAGAUCUUUGUGAAGACCCUGACUGGCAAGACCAUCACCCUGGAGGUGGAGCCCAGCGACACCAUUGAAAAUGUGAAGGCUAAGAUCCAGGACAAGGAGGGCAUUCCCCCCGACCAGCAGAGGCUGAUCUUUGCCGGCAAGCAGCUGGAAGAUGGCCGCACCCUCUCCGACUACAACAUCCAGAAAGAGUCCACCCUCCAUCUUGUGCUGCGUCUGAGGGGAGGCAUGCAGAUCUUUGUGAAGACCCUGACUGGCAAGACCAUCACCCUGGAGGUGGAGCCCAGCGACACAAUUGAAAAUGUGAAGGCUAAGAUCCAGGACAAGGAGGGCAUUCCCCCCGACCAGCAGAGGCUGAUCUUUGCCGGCAAGCAGCUGGAAGAUGGCCGUACCCUCUCCGACUACAACAUCCAGAAAGAGUCCACCCUCCAUCUUGUGCUGCGUCUGAGGGGAGGCAUGCAGAUCUUUGUGAAGACCCUGACUGGCAAGACCAUCACCCUGGAGGUGGAGCCCAGCGACACCAUUGAAAAUGUGAAGGCUAAGAUCCAGGACAAGGAGGGCAUUCCCCCCGACCAGCAGAGGCUGAUCUUUGCCGGCAAGCAGCUGGAAGAUGGCCGCACCCUCUCCGACUACAACAUCCAGAAAGAGUCCACCCUCCAUCUUGUGCUGCGUCUGAGGGGAGGCAUGCAGAUCUUUGUGAAGACCCUGACUGGCAAGACCAUCACCCUGGAGGUGGAGCCCAGCGACACCAUUGAAAAUGUGAAGGCUAAGAUCCAGGACAAGGAGGGCAUUCCCCCCGACCAGCAGAGGCUGAUCUUUGCCGGCAAGCAGCUGGAAGAUGGCCGCACCCUCUCCGACUACAACAUCCAGAAAGAGUCCACCCUCCAUCUUGUGCUGCGUCUGAGGGGAGGCAUGCAGAUCUUUGUGAAGACCCUGACUGGCAAGACCAUCACCCUGGAGGUGGAGCCCAGCGACACCAUUGAAAAUGUGAAGGCUAAGAUCCAGGACAAGGAGGGCAUUCCCCCCGACCAGCAGAGGCUGAUCUUUGCCGGCAAGCAGCUGGAAGAUGGCCGUACCCUCUCCGACUACAACAUCCAGAAAGAGUCCACCCUCCAUCUUGUGCUGCGUCUGAGGGGAGGCAUGCAGAUCUUUGUGAAGACCCUGACUGGCAAGACCAUCACCCUGGAGGUGGAGCCCAGCGACACCAUUGAAAAUGUGAAGGCUAAGAUCCAGGACAAGGAGGGCAUUCCCCCCGACCAGCAGAGGCUGAUCUUUGCCGGCAAGCAGCUGGAAGAUGGCCGCACCCUCUCCGACUACAACAUCCAGAAAGAGUCCACCCUCCAUCUUGUGCUGCGUCUGAGGGGAGGCAUGCAGAUCUUUGUGAAGACCCUGACUGGCAAGACCAUCACCCUGGAGGUGGAGCCCAGUGACACCAUUGAAAACGUGAAGGCUAAGAUCCAGGACAAGGAGGGCAUUCCCCCCGACCAGCAGAGGCUGAUCUUUGCCGGCAAGCAGCUGGAAGAUGGCCGCACCCUCUCCGACUACAACAUCCAGAAAGAGUCCACCCUCCAUCUUGUGCUGCGUCUGAGGGGAGGCAUGCAGAUCUUUGUGAAGACCCUGACUGGCAAGACCAUCACCCUGGAGGUGGAGCCCAGCGACACCAUUGAAAAUGUGAAGGCUAAGAUCCAGGACAAGGAGGGCAUUCCCCCCGACCAGCAGAGGCUGAUCUUUGCCGGCAAGCAGCUGGAAGAUGGCCGUACCCUCUCCGACUACAACAUCCAGAAAGAGUCCACCCUCCAUCUUGUGCUGCGUCUGAGGGGAGGCAUGCAGAUCUUUGUGAAGACCCUGACUGGCAAGACCAUCACCCUGGAGGUGGAGCCCAGCGACACCAUUGAAAAUGUGAAGGCUAAGAUCCAGGACAAGGAGGGCAUUCCCCCCGACCAGCAGAGGCUGAUCUUUGCCGGCAAGCAGCUGGAAGAUGGCCGCACCCUCUCCGACUACAACAUCCAGAAAGAGUCCACCCUCCAUCUUGUGCUGCGUCUGAGGGGAGGCAUGCAGAUCUUUGUGAAGACCCUGACUGGCAAGACCAUCACCCUGGAGGUGGAGCCCAGUGACACCAUUGAAAACGUGAAGGCUAAGAUCCAGGACAAGGAGGGCAUUCCCCCCGACCAGCAGAGGCUGAUCUUUGCCGGCAAGCAGCUGGAAGAUGGCCGCACCCUCUCCGACUACAACAUCCAGAAAGAGUCCACCCUCCAUCUUGUGCUGCGUCUGAGGGGAGGCAUGCAGAUCUUUGUGAAGACCCUGACUGGCAAGACCAUCACCCUGGAGGUGGAGCCCAGUGACACCAUUGAAAACGUGAAGGCUAAGAUCCAGGACAAGGAGGGCAUUCCCCCCGACCAGCAGAGGCUGAUCUUUGCCGGCAAGCAGCUGGAAGAUGGCCGCACCCUCUCCGACUACAACAUCCAGAAAGAGUCCACUCUGCACUUGGUCCUGCGCCUGAGAGGUGGCUGUUAGAUGUUACAGAUUCUGUUUGCAAGUUGCCAAUAGUAUUUGUUUGCACUGUAGCAGUUUAAUGUUGUAAGGUAAAUGCAAGUUUCAGUAACUGCUGGACUGUUUGUGUAAAUGCUAAUAAAGUUUUCUGUUGCACAUUA